CAGUUCAUGUCACCAAAGUGGGAGAGACAGAACAAAGAAAAAAGAAAAAAAGCUCAUUAGAAUUCAUUUCCCUCCAUCUCCUUUCUUGCCAAUUUAACGCAUAAUGGGACACUUCUCAGAAAACCGCACUGACACCUCUAUACAUGUUUGACACAAUGCAGAGGAAACAACAAAACCCCAGAGCUCACCUUACCAGAAAUGAGCCUCGCAGCAGGAUUUGACACAAAAAGCGAGCAAGGCAAGCAGACAGGAUGACACAUAAACUUGACGCACAACACAAGAACGCACACUUCCAUGAGCAGUGAUUUUGGCAGACCAUGCGGGUUGUGAGUGGUGGCAAGUAGAAUCAGGAGUCAAAAGAUCCCAUCAUUGAUUAACAUUAUGAACAUCUCGGAGUCUGAGUACGACUAUGAUUAUAAUUCCACCUGCGAUCAGGGUGCCAGUCUGGAGUUACCUUAUAGUGUCUUGCCAGUUCUUUACUUCAUGCUGUUUUGUCUCGGCAUGCUGGGUAACACCACAGUUCUCUGGGUUCUCCUCCGGUUCAUAAAGCUGAAGACUAUGACGGACGUGUGCCUCCUCAACCUGACCCUGUCUGACCUCAUACUGGCUGUAUCUCUGCCCCUCUGGGCCUACAAUUCCCACAACCUUGCAUUAUGCAAAUUGAUGACAGGAGUCUAUCAGCUGGGUUUCUACAGUGGGACUUUGUUUGUGACCUUCAUGAGUGUGGACCGCUACCUGGCCAUCGUCCACGCAAUUGCAGCCAUGCGAGCCCGUACAAUUCGAUAUGGAAUAAUCGCCAGCAUCACUAUCUGGUUUAUAUCAAUCACUGCGGCAGCCCCCCAGGUGAUAUUUGCCGCCUUGGAGAUAGAACCGGAGGAUAACAGGUCCCAGUGCCAGCCACUGUAUCCAGAGGACAGGCAACAGUUUUGGAAGAUGCUGCGAAACUUCAGUGAGAACACAGUAGGCCUUUUUGUGUGCCUCCCCAUCAUGAUUUUCUGCUAUGUGAAUAUCCUUGUUGUGCUGUCCAAGUCCAGGAAUUCCAAAAAGGACAAAGCUGUGAAGCUGAUAUUCACCAUAGUGUGUGUGUUUGCGGUGUGCUGGGUCCCCUACAACAUCGUUGUUUUCCUUCAGACGCUGCAGCUGUUUGACAUCCUGAGCAUCUGCGAGACUUCAAAAAUCAACUCGGCAACAGGCUUUGCUGAGAUCAUUGCACUGUCUCACUGCUGCUUGAAUCCAGUCAUCUAUGCAUUUGUAGGGGAGAAAUUUAGGAAGUCACUGAGCAAUGCGCUGUCUAGAUAUCUCUGCUGCCGUCGACAGAGCACAUGGACUUUCAGCUACAAAGACACAACAGACAAAGAGACUUCAAACACACCUGUAAGAUCAGAUUAUAAGGAAUGAAAUACAUCUUGUCUCUGUGUAGUGUUUUUUGUUGGGUGCAGGUGUGAUGUUUUUUAAAUAUUGUAAAAUUCCAAGACAGCAAAAAAGAAAAUGUUUAUAAGUGUAAGUCUUAAGUGUAAGACAGAAAAGAGGAGCAAGGUUUAUUGAUCCUGGGCGACAGUGGUAAGGACUCACAUAUAACACAUUAUUUUGGUAUUUUGGACCAAGAAUAUGAUUUUUUCUAAUAUCAGAAAACUUAAUUUAGGGUCCUGCAAUCAGUGGCAAUAUCAUCUUUAACAUUAAGUACUUCUACAGAGGAAUCUGCCUCUCCUUUCUUUUCUCGUUUUGACCAUAAAAAAAGGGUUAGGGGUUAACAAAACAAAACACAUAGACAAUUGUAAAUAAGUCUAGCCAGGUGAGUGCAGUAAAACUUACUUUAAAGUGACUCCACUAACACAGAUAAAAUGUGUCUUAAAAACAUGAACUUUUAACAAAAGUAUCAAAUAAGGGUCCAUAAUACAGAUUCAUAGACAAAAUCAUUCAAAAUCAUCAUUUUUUGCUUGUGAUCAUUAUUAGCUUAAGCCUAAGGCAUUCUGCACCGCAUAAAUUAGCCCGACUUUCAAUUCAUUUCAAUUCAAAUCACAACAACAGUUGUCUCAUGACACUUUCCAAUUGGAGCAGGUCCAUACCCAACUCUAGGCCAGCAGCUAUCAGAUUUUUUUCUGUCCACAUAACUAAAAACAUUACAUCUAGCGUUAUUAUUUUGUCUUUUUCCUGCUCACUCUUGACUUUACUUUAUCUCCUUGCUUGAAUGCUUCAUUUUUAAAAUGUAUAGAAGCUUAUGAAACAUUUGUUCAAAUCGUGUAAUUCUAAACACAUUUGCAACUUAUAGAUAUAUAUUGUAAAUAAAAUAAAGAGAAUUAAAAACCUGA